AUGCGGCUGUGCCGGUGGCUCCCCGCCGCCCGGGCCGCGUUCCGCUCCUCGCCGCCGGCCUGCGGGGGGCGGCCGCGGGGCCUCCCGCCUCCCCCGGCGGGGCAGCGCCGGGGCCGGGUAGGCGGCGGCGGCUUUGCGGCCGGCCUGGGGCGUAAAAGGGGGUUGUCGCUCUGCCCUUGCGCCCGUCGGCUUGCCGGAGGAGGUGGGCAGGCGCAGGCUGCUCUCUCGCGGAGCACGGUGAGCGCGGAGGUCCUGCAGCGCCUGGAGCACCUGGCGCUGGUGGAUUUCCGCGACAGGGAGGGCGUGGAGAGGCUGCAGAAAGCCAUCCGGUUCGCCGAUCAGCUCCGCGAGGUAAACACUGAUGGCGUGGAGCCGAUGGAUUCGGUGCUAGAGGACAGGUGUCUGUACCUCAGAGAAGAUGAUGUUACAGAAGGCAACUGCACAAAAGAGCUGCUGAAUAAUGCCAGGGAGAAAGUAGAGGAAUAUUUUGUAGCCCCACCAGGUAACAUCCCUUUACCAAAGCUAGAAGAACAAGAGACUUUUCUACAGGGCUCUUAGUGAAAGAACUCAAAUGUCACUUCUGAUUUUAUUGGGAGACUUAAGGUUUGUGCCGUCACAACUGAAAUACCUUCACACUUAGUUUGAUCAAAAGAAGAGCAACUGCACUGCAACUGCACCUUUUACAACAUCCUGCUGUAAAUUGUCUUGCUUCUGAAAUACUCACUGCGAAGCUGGAAGGCAGCAUGAGAGAUGGAUGACCUUAGUGCUUGCAUUUAGCAAAGCAUAUCUGAUGCUAUUCUUUAAGAUACUGAAUGAUGUAAAGGCUUCAGAGAGAACAUUAAAAACUGAUGAUUAAAAAAAAAUAAAAAAUAAUAAUUUUUCAUUGAACUGGUUUGUCAGUAAAACAAAAGAGGUUGGAAUAUUGUAUCUGACUAUGUAUCACCUUUAGCUUAACUCUGGCUCUGAUAGAGUCAGAAGUAACAAAGCCUGGUAUGGCAGGGGAGUCCGUAACAUUGCUGAGCAUCUCUGUCAAGUACAGACAGAACUCAGAUUUUCAUUACAGAAGGACUUUGAGAAGAUGAUUGACUCAGAUGUUUGGCUUGCACUGAAUAUUUCCUUUUUGUAUCUCUGUAUGCCAUGUCUGUAUGGAUUACCUUCUAGUUCCCACCUUGUAUUUUUAUUCUCACAAAUUAAAUACCUAGGUUUGUACAAAA